CCACUUUUAUGCUCACGUGUGAUUGUUAGGGUAAGCUGGGGCCAAAGGGGGCGAACCCUUGUUCGACAAGUUCGCCAUGCUUCAGUAGAAAUAAAAAUAAGAGCCGACGCUUACUUACCCAGCGAGUCGGUGGACCUUCUCUUCCCUACAACCCUUUCCAGGAGAGCGAUUGAUUUCCAGCGGUACCUAGAACUGUUGUAUUUGCGUUUUCCUUGUGUACCUUCUUUGAGGAACUUAUUCCCGAUAAAACCGUAGAGCCCAGGACGUCCACGCUAAACCCAGCCCGCAUCUAUAUAGACGCAGGGUCAGAACAAGAGCUAUCGUCCCCGGAAAAGAGAGGAGUCGCCUCCACAUUUAACGUGUCAGUCGUUGAAGGAACCAUGGAAACAACACCUGCGCCUCUGGCACCCUUGACCACCGAGCAGCCAUCGACAUCUGCACCAGCACCAGAAACUCAGAAGAAUGCGAAUCCUCAGCCCACUUCAAAUCCAAACAAUGUGAAGAUCAACAUCACCACCUCAUCAACCGGCUCCGACUAUGCCACACCGGCCGCCACGCUCUUCGCUUCGGCCUACUCCACGGACCCCGUCUUCGCCUACCUGCUCAACAACCUGGGACCCAAGAAGCAGUCACGCGCAAGAGCGAAGCUGUUCGGCCUCCUCUGUAUGCUCUUCGCAAUGGAUGGGCUCGAAUUCUGGGAAGCUUCCAUCUCUUCCCCAUCCGACCCCAACAGGAACGAAGAAGGAGGGGAAGACGGCAAACCCCACUUCCACGCCGCUCUCGUCCUCGCGACCCCGGGCCCCAAAACCUCGUGGUCCGUCUCGGCGUCCACCAUCUUCAACCUGCUCUUCCGCUCGGCGCUCCUGCCCUUCAUCUUCCUCAUCGGCCCCCGCCAAUUCGGCGUCAUGAACGGCGAGUACGCCUCCCUCUGCGAGCCGGUCAGGAAGGCGUACUUGGCCAAGACGCUGGGGACUGGCGAGGGCAAAGAGGACGAGUACUUUGAGGUCAAGCUCGUCGCCACGGACGAGGCGUAUCGCGGGAGGGGCCUGUGUCCAGCGCUGAUGAGGAAGGUGCAGGAGCGGGCGGCGAGGGAGGGGAAGCCCGUGUGGUUGGAGGCGAGCAAUGCGAAUGCUCGGCGGCAGUAUUUGAAGCUGGGGUUCAAGGAAGUGAGGGAGGAAGGGCCAUUGAAGUUGGGUCAGGGCAAGUGCGGGGAGGAUGGGCAGAAGAAGAAGAAGGGCGAAGAGGGGGCGACGGGGGUCAGUGUUUGGCCGAUGGUGUGGUGGCCGGAGGGUAGCAAAUAGGUAGGAGGAAGUCCGAAUCAGGGUGCAAGUUGUAAAAUAUCUAUAUACUUAAUGUCUAGUUGGACACGAGGUGGGCCGGUGUAAAGUAUUAUUGUCUACAAAGCUGAGGCGAUGUGAGGAUAUUGUUACAUAGAUAGGUAUAUCAAAGACGAACUAGGUAAAGCCAA